AUGACUUUAAACUCCCUACCUGUCUUUGUGCUGUUAAUCAGUGGCAUUUUUUGCCAGUAUGACUAUGGUCCUGGAGAUGAUUAUGGUUAUGAUCCCUUCGGGCCAUCUGCAGCAGUCUGUGCCCCAGAAUGUAAUUGUCCUUUAAGCUACCCUACUGCCAUGUAUUGUGACAAUCUUAAGCUGAAAACCAUUCCAAUUGUACCAAGUGGAAUAAAAUACCUUUAUCUUCGAAACAAUAUGAUUGAAGGAAUUGAAGAGAACACAUUUGACAAUGUAACUGACCUACAGUGGCUGAUCCUAGAUCACAACCAUUUGGAAAAUUCAAAAAUUAAGGGUAGAGCCUUCUCUAAACUAAAGAACCUGAAGAAACUUCACAUUAACUACAACAAUUUGACUGAAGCUGUUGGACCACUUCCCAAAACUCUAGAUGACCUUCAAUUAAGUCACAACAAGAUCACAAAAGUCAGUCCUGGUGCAUUUGAGGGGCUGAAGAAUCUGACUGUCAUUCACCUCCAGAACAACCAGCUGAAAGCAGAAUCUGUUUCUGGGGCUUUUAAAGGCCUGAAUUCACUUUUGUAUCUUGACUUGAGCUUCAAUCAACUUACAAAGCUACCAACAGGACUGCCUCACUCUUUGCUUAUGCUGUAUUUUGAUAAUAACCAGAUUUCCAAUAUUCCCGAUGAGUACUUCCAAGGUUUUAAAGCCCUGCAAUAUUUACGUUUAUCCCACAAUAAAUUAACAGAUGCUGGAAUACCAGGUAAUGUUUUCAACAUCACAUCACUUGUUGAGUUGGAUCUCUCCUUCAAUCAGCUGAAGAGCAUUCCAACUGUCAGUGAGAACCUGGAAAACUUCUACCUCCAAGUCAACAAAAUUAACAAGUUCCCAUUGAGCAGUUUCUGUAAGGUAGUUGGACCGACCACCUAUUCCAAGAUCACACAUUUGCGCCUGGAUGGAAACAAUCUCACCCGGGCUGACCUGCCACAGGAGAUGUACAACUGCCUUCGGGUGGCUGCUGAGAUUUCUCUGGAGUGA